UUGUGAGCCUUGAGUGGUGCUCGCUUACACUUCGGUCGCCAGACUGCAAGUCCAGCCUGCGUCUAGUCCGUGAUACCAAGUAUUGAUUGUACUGUAUUGGCGAUCAGAGUGAAGCUUCCCGCAAGGCCUGUUUGGCCUUCUAUCACCCGAUAUGGCUUCAAACCAACCCCCUCUUUCAGCUUGGGGCUCUCCGCCUCCCGAGUCGCCUCUGGCACUUCCUCCGGCACCGAGUGUUUUCCAGUUAUCGAGUCGCCUAGCGGAACCAGCUCACCCUUCGAAACCAGAUACCGAAAAGGAGGAACUACGGGUUCAAGUAAACACGCUGAAGUAUGAAUUGGAGAAUUUCAAGCAAGAGCGAGACCUGAUGAUCCUGCGUCACGAGAAAGAAGUUCGGGAAUUGCAAUUGAAGGCAGAUGCGGACUUUCGUAAAGCUCAGGUUGCGGAAUCAUCCAGUCACCGUGCCAGCCACAAGAGCGAGACCAUUGCGAAAGAGUUGAAAGAGGUACAAGAUAACGCUCUUAACGAGAAAGCAGAGUUAGAGCGAAAACUUCGUACACUUCAAGACCAAAACCAAUCUCUUCAGGAAGAUGUCGAUGAUACAAAGGCGCAACUACUGGACCAAGAACGACAAUUCAAAUAUCAAAUUAAUGAGUUGGAAACGAUCCGAUUGUCAUUCCAGAAGACGCUUGAGGAGUUGCAAACCGACUUGCAGAGUGUGAGAAGUGACUUGCACGCGACUCAAGCGAAGUUGCAGGAGCGAGAGACGGAAGUCGCACAUUUAGAAUCAGAGAAUAUCCGUCUGAAGGCCGAAGGCAGCGAUCCGGAGACACUAUUGGUCCUUAAGCGGGAGCUUUCGGAUCAAGUCAAUCACAUCAGGAGCUUGGAGACUACGAAUCGUGAACAAACUACCGAACUACGUCAUUUGCGGAAGGUCCAGAAGAAUGUGGAAGUAGUAGAGGAGCAGAAGCGAUCCUUGGAAAAUCAGUUACAGCUCAUGAAGGGUGUGGAGUCUGAAUUAGGAACGGUUCAGAUCCAGAUGCAGAUACUUGAAGACGAGCGGCGGUCAUGGACCAGUCUCUUACAGGACAACGACCAGCCGGCGGAGCUUGAUUCUCCUGAAUUGGUAGUCAAAGCUCUGUUGCAGGAACGGAUAGAGAAAGCCACCCUUGUUGACAAGCUGGGAAGCGUUGAAGCCGGAUUCUUGGAGAAGGAGGAGCAAAUACGAAGCUUGGAGGUCGAGAAGGCCAACAUGCGGAAGGAGAUAGAGAUUCUUCGCGCGGCUGCUUCUGUAGCUGGCGGAGCCACUGCUGAGAGCCGCACGAAAUCCCGCCUUGAGAGGCAGCGCACUCUCGCUGUCAAGGAAGUCGAGUACCUUCGGGCCCAGCUGAAGACCUUUGACACCGAAGAGGAAACCAUGAACGCCGAACAGAGUCAGUUUGAUCAGCAGAAAUCCGAGCAGAUUGCCGCCUUGGAAAAGCUUGUCGAUGAAUACCGAGCUGAGCUGGCCAAGGCUCACGAGGAGCUUUCUCAGCGUGAGGCGCCGGUGGCGCAGCCAGAAGAGUCACAGCAGCCGCGUGGAAUCAAGAGACCCCUCUCACCUGCCGAGAGUGACGUUGAGAGCGAACGCCUCUCUGUUCUAUCCCGUAAAAACCGGACACUACAGGAGUCGCUCACGAAAUCCGAGCAGGCCACGACUCUUCUGCGUAAGGAGCUUGAGGCCGCAAAAUCACAGCUGAGAUCCCUCAAGGCCAAGUCACGUACUCGCAUCCUAGAACUGCGCGACAACCCUACGGCAGAAGCCGAGAACCUCAAGAUGUCGACCAUUAGAACUCUGAAGGCCGAGAACCAGGAUUUGCUGGCGCAGCUGCGCGGCGAUCAUGCCGACGUCAAAGUCGUCCCCGUCAGCACCCUCGAAAGCAUGAAGCUAGAAAUACAAGAUAUGGAGCGUGUUGUCGCCGACAAGGAGAAGCGCAUGCGCCGCCUGAAGGAAAUCUGGACUGCUAAGUCUUCGGAGUUCCGCGAAGCCGUUGCGUCCCUCUUGGGAUUCAAAUUAGACUUUCUUCCCAACGGUCGGGUGCGAGUAACGUCUAUGUUCCACCUUUCGCCCGCCUACAGGCAUGGCGACCGCGAUGGGGCUUCGGACUCCCAAGGACCAGGAAGCAUGGGCAAUGGGGAGGAGAAUUCGAUCAUCUUCGAUGGCGAGAACGGCACCAUGAAAAUAUCCGGAGGCCCCAAUAGCCUUUUCGCAAUGGAAAUAAGGCCUCUAGUUAAGUUCUGGGUGGAAGAACGCAAGGACAUACCCUGCUUCCUGGCCGCGAUGACACUUGACUUUUAUGACAAGACAACAAGGGCAACGCGUAUGUAAAUUUGCUGUGACUCAUGUGGAGUGGGCUCUUCGGCUCUAAUUCUUUGUUUGAUUCUUGCAACAGCUGAAGUGAUAUCCCGGCACAGGUCUUGCUGGUGCCAUGUUUGUUAUACCCAUGACUCUUCCAAUUACCAGUAGAUGAGCUUUAUUUUCCAGUGACCUAG